AUGUGCUUGGCCUUCUCGUGCCUUCUUCACUUUAAAGCUCACAUUGCUUGUUUAUGCAUGUGAACCCUUCUCUUCCCAUUUAAAACCAACUCAUUCAACUCUCUUUACUUAUUCACUUCCAUUUCAUCUCUAGCUUCCUCCUCUCUUUCUCUCUCUUUCUUUCUUUCUUUCUUUCUCUCUCUCUCUAACUUCUUGAAAUGAUGCCUCCUGAGCAUGAGACUCGCAUCACCGGCUGUCCAGCCAUUGUUCUUGCAAAUAAUCGGACCGAUAACAUUUCAGUCUACGCUGAGUCCAUCGGCUCAGCUAGUAACGUGAGCCCUUGUUUAGAUGAUGAAAUGCCAAUUCAAGAAAAACCAACCCCAGUUCGUUUCUCAGUUCUACGUGAAUCGUUACGCCCCGUGACACUAAGGUUUGAAGACGUGGCAUAUAGUAUUAACUUGAGAACUACAAAAGACAGUUUUCUUUGUACGUCAGCUGCUGAGGCCAAGCCAACUCGAACCAUACUCACCGGUGUGAGUGGCAUAGUUCGACCCGGUGAGUUAUUAUCAAUGCUCGGUCCAUCCGGUAGUGGCAAGACCACCCUACUCACCGCCCUUGCAGGAAGACUACCCGGGAAAGUCUCCGGCACUAUAACAUACAAUGGACAACCAUUUUCUAGCUCCAUGAAGCGAAAAACCGGCUUUGUUUCCCAAGAUGAUGUGUUAUACCCUCACCUCACCGUGCUCGAAACCCUAACCUUUGCAGCUUUGUUAAGGCUGCCAAAAAAGCUCACUAAAGAAGAGAAGAUUGAGCAAGCUGAGCUGAUCAUAAUUGAGCUUGGACUAACAAGGUGCCGGAACAGUGUAGUUGGUGGCCCACUUUUUGGGGGUGUUUCGGGUGGUGAGCGGAAAAGGGUUAGUAUAGGGCAGGAGAUGCUGGUGAACCCUAGCUUGUUAUUGCUCGAUGAGCCAACGUCCGGGCUCGACUCGACCACGGCUCAGAGGAUUGUGGCGACGCUGCGAGGGCUGGCUCAUGGGGGUAGAACGGUCAUUAUGACUAUUCACCAGCCCUCCAGUAGGCUGUACAGGAUGUUUGACAAGGUGGUGGUGCUAUCGGAGGGUUGUCCUAUUUACAGCGGCAAUGCGGGUCGGGUCAUCGAGUAUUUCGGAUCGCUCGGGUUCGUGCCCGGGUUUAAUUUUAUGAACCCUGCUGAUUUUCUUCUUGAUCUUGCUAAUGGUGUGGCUCCUGAUACAAAACAUGAUGACCAACAUGAGUCCCAUGGAAGACCAGACCACCAUGAAGAUCAAAACUCAAUCAAACAGUCCCUAAUAUCAUCAUACAGAAAGAACCUGUAUCCUGCAGUGAAGGAUGAGAUUCACCGAAGUUGUCGCGACGCGGUUCGCCCUGCAACUGGUCCAUCACCAUCAAGAACUUGUGAGAAUCAAUGGACCACAAGUUGGUGGAUGCAAUUUAAAGUUUUGCUGGAAAGGGGACUUAAAGAAAGAAAGCACGAGUCCUACUCUUGUCUAAGAAUUUUUCAAGUCAUGUCUGUUUCAAUCCUUUCUGGACUUUUAUGGUGGCAUUCUGAUACAUCACACAUACAAGAUCAGGUGGGACUUUUGUUCUUCUUCUCCAUAUUUUGGGGCUUCUUCCCUAUGUUCAGUGCCAUAUUUACAUUCCCUCAAGAAAGGCCAAUGCUAACAAGGGAACGUUCCUCGGGCAUGUACAAGCUCUCCUCCUACUACUUUGCUCGAAUGGCUGGUGACUUACCAAUGGAGCUUGUGCUCCCAACAAUCUUUGUAAUCGUCACGUAUUGGAUGGGAGGUCUCAAGCCUUCAAUUGUCAAUUUCACCCUGACUCUCUUGAUCAUCCUUUUCAAUGUGCUAGUCGCUCAGGGACUAGGGCUAGCCCUUGGUGCCAUUCUAAUGGAAGUGAAGCAGGCCACAACCCUUGCAUCCGUGACCAUGCUCGUGUUCUUGCUAGCCAGUGGAUACUACAUUCAGCACAUACCACCUUUCAUAGCUUGGUUGAAGUACAUCUCAUUCAGUCACUACUGUUACAAGCUCUUGGUGGGAGUUCAGUACUCAGAAAAUGAGCUUUAUGAGUGUGGACGAGGGGGUCACUGCAGGGUGUUAGAUUUUCCAGCAAUAAAUUAUCUAGGUAUUGAUAAUAUGGUUUGGGAUGUGGUUGCUUUGGCUGUAAUGUUUGUGGGGUAUAGGGUUUUGGCUUAUGUAGCCCUGAGGAUGGGGCAGCCAAAAUGACCAUGUGAUGGUACAAGACUAGAGGCUGGGAUAUAUAUUUAUUGAAGCUAAAGAAACUGAUCAAGAUGUGAAAAAUUGAUAGUACAAUGACAGAUCUUGUUCACCAGCUUUUCUAAAUGUAAAUAAAUUCUAAUUAUCUGAAUUUUAUUUUAUCCAGUUGUUAGGAACUGGACAAUAUAUAUGCAGAUUCAUAUGAUAGGACUAUUUGGUUUGUACAUUUCCAGUCCAAAUCUCUACCGGUGACAACUUUCAAGUUUCAACUCUAGCAAGAUCAAGGAAUCAAAAGGCUAGCAGGCAAGAAAAUUCAGCAAAAUGUGAAUGCAUGAGCAGAAAGAAAGUGAUAUUAAUCUCUAUGGUUUCAUUAGGCCUUAAAAUGACAAUCAUUCCAAAUCCAGGCAAAUUGCUGCUGUUUUUUAGUGAAAAGUUCAUAACUAGAUGGUUUCAGUAGGCCUAGAAAUGAUAUCAAUCACUAGCUGAAAUCAUUUCAGUAUUCAUCACCGACGAAACUGCAUAGAAAAAUUUGCUGUCUGCUUCAAACUUGGUGAAGGUAUGAUAUUACAAUUAAAUUGAAUCAUAGACUCUAUUUUACAAGUGGCCAUCAACUUUAUUCACCUUAGCCUUAUCAGACUUGCAUAAGGUUGGACUUGAAUCCAAUUUUCCCAUUUCAUUCUUAUGGCGAAAUAUAUUAGGACUUGAAAUUUUUUCCCCUCACAUUCGCCAUUAGCCUAAUAGAACCCGAAUAAACUGAGGUUUUUGACCUAGAAGUUAGGAUGUUUAAGUAUUAGUUUUAGAUAUUUCCUGAAAUGAAAAACAAAAGGGUUUUUGUACCCUUUUCUUUGUAGUCAGACAAAAACUAAUCUGCUUGAUCAAAUAGGCCAUUGAUAAUUUGAAGUGAAUGUAAAUUAGAUGGGAAAUAUGGAACUCACCAAAAAGAAAGGGUUAAUUAAUUCAUAGUUACCGAAGAAAUAUGAUUAAUUUCCUAACAAGGGAAAAACACUAGGGAGUAUUAACCGAAAGCCCUUAAAAAUUCUCAUACUUCCACAUCAAAUUGUGUCUUGAAACUAUGCCGAAAGAUAUGACUCAACAAUAUCUAUAGAUGCUUUAAAGAUUGGCCACAUAUGAGGUCAUUUGGACCAUUCCUAAGCACAUAGUAUAUGGUUCAGCAUCUCCCAAGAGGCCACUAGUUCACAUAUUCCAUUCCCUUGAAUAGAUCAUGAUCUGUCUAUUUCAAUCUAGUGUAAGCAAUAAUUCCAGUUCCUUGAGCUGGUUUCGGGCUCAAGUAUAAAUAAUAGUGUUUUGAUGGAGCUCAUACUCAAGGCCAGCAAAGUACACACAAGUUCAAAUCUCUUUUUUGUGAAACAUAAUCAGAAGAAUGGCAUCACUCAAGGCUGAUAAACCUGUUAGCUCUCAACCAACUGUGCAGGUCAAGAAAGAGCCUGCCAAAACUCCGGCCCCCAAGCAGGCCACUGCGAAGCCUGAGCAAAAGCCCCGUGAGCCUAGGAGGAAGCCAUCCGGUGGCAAGCCAGCAGCAAAGAACUAAGAGGAACGCGGACGAGUAGCAAGGAACUAAGAUGCUGCAGAUUUUAGUUGGUCCUUGUUAUUUUUAUCGAUAGGAUGCAGGCACUGCCUUGUAAUUUACAUCUAUGUAACCCUAACUAGGCUUGCUUAAUAUUAUAAUAAAAGAUACAUAAAACUUUGAAAUA